CAGGUCGGGGUCGGCACAGGAUAGAGUGCGAGCUCGAACGCACCGCCCAUCGAGGAUGCAGCUGGGUGAGCCGCUGCUGACGGCGGCGGGGGCACUGCCGGGCGCCCCCUUCUACCCGCUGGAGGGCGGCGGACGCACCGGAGCCGCCGGAGCUGCUGGAGCUGGGACAGGAGCUGCUGGAGGCUCCCGCGGGCCGCCCGGUUCGGGAUCGCCACCUCGCCUCGACCUAGACAAGAUGCCCAAGAAGUUUGGAGCGGCCCCCGCUAUCCUGAGCGAGACGGAGGCCGUCGAGCCGCCCUUCGUCGCUCCCAAGCCGGACGGUCGCAAGGCCACCCCAUGCGGGGACGAGGAGCUGCCCCCGGCCGCCGCCGCCCGCUACUCCAUGGACAGCCUGAGCCCCGAGCGCUACUACCUGCAGUCCCCCGGGCCGCCCGCCGCCGACCUGGGGGGGCCCUGCUCCCUGUUCCCGUACCCGCCCGCGGCGCAGCACGGCGCCGUCUACCAGCCGCCCGGCGGGCCCCGCUACCCCUACGGCUCCGUGCUGUCCCCGGGCGGCUUCGCGGGCGCCGUGUGCCCGCCCGGCGGCCGGACGCAGUUCGGAGGCGGCGGCGGGUACCAGUACGGGCAGGCGACGGGCGGCGGACCUCUCUACGGCCCUUACCCGCCGGCGUCGGGCUCCUGCGGCGGGCUCGGUGCGCUGGGGGUGCCAGCCGCCGGCCCGGGGAUGCGAGCGCAGGUCUUCCUCUGCAACCGGCCCCUCUGGCUCAAGUUCCACCGGCAUCAGACGGAGAUGAUCAUCACCAAGCAGGGCCGGAGAAUGUUUCCCUUCCUGAGCUUCAACAUCACCGGUCUCAACCCUACGGCCCACUACAACGUCUUCGUGGAGGUGGUGUUGGCGGACCCCAACCACUGGCGUUUCCAGGGGGGCAAGUGGGUGACCUGCGGCAAAGCCGACAACAACAUGCAAGGCAACAAGGUCUACGUGCACCCCGAGUCGCCCAACACCGGGGCGCACUGGAUGAGGCAGGAGAUUUCUUUCGGAAAGCUGAAGCUAACGAACAAUAAAGGUGCUAACAACAACAACGCACAGAUGAUAGUACUUCAGUCCCUACACAAGUACCAGCCCCGACUUCACAUUGUGGAAGUGACCGAAGAUGGUGUUGAAGAUCUGAAUGAUUCCUCAAAGACUCAAACGUUUAUUUUUCCUGAAACGCAGUUCAUAGCAGUUACAGCAUAUCAAAACACUGAUAUUACACAGCUCAAAAUUGACCAUAAUCCUUUUGCAAAAGGCUUCAGAGACAACUAUGACUCCAUGUACACAGCUUCCGAAAAUGACAGAUUAACUCCAUCUCCCACGGAUUCUCCUAGAUCCCACCAGAUCGUCCCUGGUGCCCGAUACAGCGUGCAGCCAUUCUUCCAGGAACAGUUUGUCAACAACCUGCCCCCAGCCAGGUUUUACAACGGUGAGAGAACUGUCCCUCAGAGCAAUGGCCUGCUGUCCCCGCAGCAGAACGAGGAGGUGGCCAGCUCUCCCCAGCGCUGGUUCGUGACGCCCGUGCAGCAGCCCAGCGCCAACAAACUGGACAUGAACUCCUACGAGACAGAGUAUUCUCACAGCCCCUUGCUCCCUUACGGCAUCAAAUCCCUCCCGCUGCAGACGUCCCACGCUCUGGGAUACUACCCCGACCCGGCGUUCCCGUCCAUGGCGGGCUGGGGGAGCAGGGGCUCUUACCAGCGGAAAAUGACAACAGGACUAACUUGGCCCUCCAGAACGAGUCCCCCGGGAUUCACUGAAGACCAGCUUUCCAAGGACAAGGUGAAAGAAGAAAUUGGCUCGUCCUGGAUAGAGACUCCACCCUCUAUAAAGUCUCUAGAUUCAAAUGAUUCUGGGGUCUACACAGGUGCUUGUAAGAGAAGGCGGCUUUCCCCUAGCACUUCCAGCAACGAAAAUUCCCCGACAAUGAAAUGUGAGGACAUUAAUGCUGAGGACUAUAGCAAAGACACUUCAAAAGGCAUGGGCUACUACGCCUUCUAUGCUAGUUCUUAGAGCAUCUUUUUUAUUCCAAUUGGCUGUUUUGGUUUUUUGGUGGCUUUUUUUUUUUUUUUUCAGGGUGGCCUUGGGUUUUUUUUGCAUUACAAUUGCCAAAAAGACUCUUGCCUUCCACCUUGAGUUGUUGUGUGCAAUUCUAAAGAAGGUGCCAAAGCUUUUUGACUGUUGCAGGUAACAAAGUAGGGAAAGAGCAAACCAUGGGAGAUUUCUUCCCCUUCUUUUAGAAGGAACCAUAUGCAGAAGCUGUAAGGAGUAUACUCUAGUGUCUAAAUGUGUGGCAUAUUUAUUGGAGACACUAAAGUAUACAGUUUGGGUUGGCUCAGAAGCCUGAUUAAAUCUAUGCACUCCUGAGCAAGGAAAGAGGGGGUGGGAUCCCAAAUUUAAUUUCCUUCCCUGCUUAAUAAAAGGGAACUGGGUUGCAGGGAAAUGCACAAAUGCUAUGUUCUGCUUUAGACUGAGCUGUUUUUUCAACCCAUCAACAACACAGUUGGCUGAGUUGGAUAUUGCUCAGCUACAGCUUUUUCUUUUGGCAGAAAAUGCCAAAAUAAGGCCUGCUUGCCAGGCAGGAUUUUGACUUGAAGGUUUUGUUGCCAACGGGAUUACAAUGACAAAUCUGACUUUUCUUAGCUUAGAACUUGCAUUAAAAAACCCUGCCUCCAUCCCAAAAGCCUAACCUUUAUUAAGGUGGCCAAAAACCAAGUGUACAUUUGGUGUUUUGUCUAGGUACACUGUAGAAUAUUGUGGAAUAAUGUAUAAAUAGUUGACCUAUAGCUGUUCAGUUGGAAGGACAUCCGGUGGUGUAUUGAAGUUCAAAAGGCAUUUUUUGAUUAAUCAAACUUAGCUUAUGACACAUUGCAAAAGGAGAUUUCUAUUUAUGUGUAUGUCAAGUGACUUACAGCUGCCCUGUAUGAAACUGGAAGUGAUGUAACUUUACCCAUUCUUGCCUAUACUUUCAGCCAUUUUAAACUGCCCCAGAGCAACUGGCCCACGAAGUUUUUCCCCUUCCAAUAAAGUUGUUUCUGUUUUUUUCUAUGUAGAUAGUAAUAAUUUUUAAUAAAUGUGGU